CUUCCUUAAUAAAAUUCCUCCCCAAACAUUAUACAUGACUUGCCCCCAUAAAUAAAUCUUCAAAAUCCCUCACGUCUCCAUUUUGUUUCUCUUUUUCUCUCUGUCUCUCUCUCGAUAAAGUUUCAGACAAGAAUAUGUCUCGAAGAGCAUCCAAAAGAGUACGCUUUAGUCCGGACCCAGAAGCAAACGACGAACUGAUCUUCCCAACACACAGCUCAUCACGGCAUGGUCGCAGGAGGGUCGUUGUUGGAAUAUUCAGUUUCAGCUUCAGUGACUCGCCGGCAACGACGAAGAGAUUACUCCGCAGUAUUGGAGACAGAGUUGGCAAAACGUUUCGUUAUAUAUCAUUCGGCAGGAUGAACACCAAAACGACACCGUCAUCUUCCAGUAACGUUUCUUCGUCUCUUUAUUUGAUGAAGUCAAAGUCUCUAAACGGAUCAGAGUCUCACCGUGCAGAAGCCAUUGAGGACUGCAUUGAGUUCUUAAACUCUUGCUCUUCUUUGUCGAGAUCAAACUCGAUCUCUACCUGGUCUCGCUAAACGAUUUUUAUUGUUUCCUUUGUAAUGUAAAAGAGUUGACACUGAGAGUUGCAUAGGUGAUCAGUUGAUUAAAGUCUUAUGUUUAUCGAUUCAAUUAUUCAACUAGCUAGUGAC